AGGUAGAUGAGCUAGUCUAUAAAUACUUUAAUAGGUGCUUAAGUAAACGUCUACUAGUACUUAUGGAGUGUAUGGAGUAAAAGCUACUGUAGUCCCCCACGCCACCACUUGCCCCCUGCGACCGCUCAAGCAACGCAGCGUAGACGAAUACCUUCCAACAUCCAUACGACCAUACCAUACCACCGUACCAUCUUCACCACUCAACUCCCUGCUGCACUCGCCGCACCUCCUUUUCGAUUUUUUCCUGAGGAUGCAUUGCACGACGGCGCUCUUCGAUAUCUAAUUACUUCGCGCUUUGCCACGUUUACGUUCUCUUCCCUUUCCUGUAUCAUUAGUGCUCCCUUCCGCCAUAUCAAGCCUGGCCGGCGCGGGCGCAAGCCAAAGCCUCCAAUGCCCACCCCUUCGAGCAACGAGAUUGAUAUUGAGGGUAUCGCGGCCACACCUCCGUCGCACGCCUCAUGUCCGCCAGAAGACGAUCGGUCGAGUUGGAGGAAUGUAGAAAUGGAUGGGACCCACGACGAGGCACACCUUACCACGACUGAAGUACUCCAACAGCACACGCCCCCGUCCGACGCGCACGCCACCGGUUCAACGGAAACCCACAUUGCAGAGCAGUCCAAUGUCAAACGAAUGGAUAUCGAUGAAGAUGCCGCUGCACCGGAUAUGCUGUCGCCGAUGAGUGCGGAGGGCGACAAGCAGGAUGAAGCCGAGUUACCAGCAAGAACGAGUACAGACCUGGGCUCGCCCUCGAUGGGAUACGACUUUUCUAACAUACGAGUAUGUAUACAAGCGCAGAUAGCGUCUCGGGGGGACUAACGGACCUUGGGCUAACUAGUUGUUUAGCUUACACAAUCAUCUCCGUCCUCGUUCCUGCGUGCCGGCAGUAAAUUUCAUGGGACCCAGCAAUCAGAACGCCAAGUCUACGACGUACAGGUAGAAAUCAAACAUGUAGAUAUGCGAGAGUCAUUCUUGUGCGGAUAUCUUCGAAUCCAAGGUGGGACAAUUCAGAGAAAUACGCCAUAUCUCAAUACUGAUAGCCGAAUUAGGAUUAACUGAAGACCAUCCCACACUAACAACAUACUUUGAAGGGGAGAUUAUCGGUUCGAAGUACACCUUUUUGACUCAACACCAAGACUGGGGUUCGAACGAUAAGGUGGAUUUACAACAUUGGGCGAAAUUCUCCGCAUUUCGUCCAUUUCAGAAAGCUGCUAAGAAAGGUCAAUUCACGAUACCACAACUAGCACAGCGAGAGAAUAUAUUCAUGCGGUGGAAGGAACAUUUUCUUGUCCCUGAUCAUCGGGUACGAACGAUCAGUGGAGCAAGUUUUGAGGGGUUUUACUAUAUCUGCUUCAAUCAGAUUCAGGGGACCGUAAGCGGGAUUUAUUUCCACGCAAAGAGCGAGAAGUAUGCCAUAACCUCGACUUGGACCCAACAAAGACCUAUUGCUAAUAUAUUCGAGUUCCGACAGGUUCCAGCAAUUAGAAUUAAAACAUGUUGAGGAUCGUGGCUGUUUCGCGGCAAUGGAGUUUCGAUGAAUAAUGA